UAAGAGGAAGCGUGCUCCGGCCUUGAAAUCUCCAUUUGUUGAUUUCGGGUCUGCUGAUGUCGGGAGCACUCCAAUGGAGCUUAUGUCCUCAGGUUCUCAGUCUGCUGGGGAUGAUAGGGAUUUCAAAAUGGUGACUUAUGUGAAGGGCCUUUAUGCUCUUAAUGAUGCUUUUGCUGAUCCCGUAUCUACCGAGAUUGAGGCAAAAUUUGACUCUUGGAUUGGUGAAGGAUUGCUUAAACAUCCCAGGCAUUAUAAUUGUUAUGAAGACGGCGCAAAGAAAUUUACCCCGGGUUUUAGGCUAGGUGUUGAUUAUGUUGAGGAUAAAACUUGGUUUUACCAUUUGGCCACAUGCGACAUGUUUAUGAACGACUCGCAUAUGAACACCAUAUUCUAUUACCUUCGGAAAAAAGGUAAGUAUUCUUCCGCUGUGACGUUGAAUUUCGCAACCACUGAUUGUCUUUUUGAUGAUUCGAUCCAAGCAUUGUACCACAAAUUUAACAAGGCCAAGUCAAUGAAGACUAAGAUGUCACACAUUCACGCUGCCCACCCAAUUGCGCAUUACAUCCGAGGUAUGCGCAUUCCCUGUUCCAAGCCUUGAUAUGAAGCCGAUCACGUGCUUUUCAUCAUCAAUUUAAGAAGGGAAAGUCAUUGGGUUUUUGGGCGUCUUGACGUGCACGAAAGGACGUUAUUUCUGUACAAUUCUUUGAGAACCGCGAAGAUGAAUGCCGCAGCUAGGAAUGCGAUGAAGGCUUAUUCCGUGUUGCUGCCUUUGUUUUUCGAUUUACUUGGGUUCUGGAAGAAUAGAGCAC